AUGAAUUCUUAUAUUUCAAUAGAAGAUAAAUCCAACAAUGAAAUUGUUUCGAAUGUUUUAACAGAAUAUGUUUCAAAUUCUUCUGUAGUAUUACCAUCACUCAAGAUAAAUGAAAAAUCCGAAUUGAUAAAAUCAUUAUUAAAUGACAUUAAUGAAAAUAAAUAUAAUUGGAAUGAAAAUGUUAAAGCAUUAGCAUUACAAACUAUUAAGGUAUUAGGAAGAGAUACUAAAGGUUGUGACUAUUUAUUUUCUGAAGAGGGUUUUAAGAUUUUAUUAAAUCACGCAGAUAAUAUUAUAUCACAAGAAUCGUUGACAUGCAUUGCGAAUUCACUUUUAUUAAAGGAUAGCACAAGAAAUUUAUUUGAAAAAUAUAAUUGUAUUUUUACAAGUUUUGUGAUUUUCAAGAAUGAAAAUUUAUCAACAAGGGCACAUUUUUUAUUAUCUAGAAUAUUAUUUAUCAUUACUGUUAGUUCUUUAAGUGCGACUAAACAGCUUGUUGAUGAUCUUGGAAUAAUUGAUGUACUUUAUAAGAACAUUUCAAAUAUUGUGAAAGAAUUAUCAUCUUUAGACUAUGAUUCAAAAAAAGAAUCUUCUUCGCCAUAUACUAAUGAAAUGAUUUUAAAUGAACAAUUAAAAUUACUUUUUAAUUUAAUGAUGAAUUAUCCUAAACUUGCAUCACUGUAUCAUUGUAAUAAUGAUGAUAAAGAGAACAACAAUGACAAGGGAAAAGUUAAAGAAAAUAAUACAAAGUUUGAUAUACUUCUUCCAUCAAUUCUUGAAAUAAUUUUAGAACUUAAACCUCCUUCACCUUUACCAUUAUCACCACCACAUUCACAUGCAAUCCAUGCAUUAUUAAAUUUUCCUGUUGAAUUAAUUUUUUUUGAUGAGACUAUCACUCCACUAAUUGUAUUAUUGAAGAGACUUGCUGAAGGAGAUCAAACUGCUAAACUCAUUUUAAGAAAUAAUUUAUUACCUGAUGAUGUUGAUAGGACUAAACCAUUAGAAAAGGGUGAUAGUUUAUCUGCAAGAUUGAUUAGAGUGAUGACAUCUGUUUUGUUACCAAAUUUAAAAGAAAGUAUAAAUGAAGAGAAAGAACGCGAAGCUGAAAAAUUAUUUGUUUUGUUCGACAGAUUAAAGAAAACCGGCGUGAUGAAUUUUGUCGAUCCUAUUGAAGCAGCUAUCAAAUCUGUUCGGUUUCCAAUAAUUUUGCAAAAUGAAGACAUUGCUGGUUUGGUUCUCGAGGCUCCUAAAAUGAUGAGGGUUGAUGAUUCCGCCCUGAUCGUACAAUGGAACGAUCCAGUUUUCAGCACUGCAAAUGGAAGACGAAAUAAUAUCGCAGGCCAGAUCAAGGCAGUGUCAUAA